AUGCCAUAUGACAAUUUCAGUCGUCGCCUUAGGGAAAAGUAUUCCACACGAUUCCAUGUUGCUGACCAACUUGUUGAUCAACUUAAAUCUCUCGAUCAGACACAGAUUUUGUCAACAUCAGUCGACGAAUCCAACCAGAAAAAUCUACUUCGAGCACAACAAGAAAUCUCUCUUCCUUUGAUAUCCUAUCUGAAUCAACUCGACUGCAAACAAUCAAAACCCACCGAGAACAAUCAUGACAAAGAAUUUGAACCUUAUUUUAAGGAAUGUCUCUUAGCAGCAGAGCGAAUAAAGAAUAAUCAACGUUCCAACCGAGAUCGACAGAUCUGUUAUGAGAAUUUGCUUUUGACACAAAAACUAGAUCGUAUCAAGAAACAAUCGACAGAGAGUAACCAUCAGCAGCUAUUGCUAUCAAAAGCAAAAAUGAAGAAAAAACCUCCACCUCAAUUCUCGAACACACGGCAUUCUCUUUCACUAAACAGCAGUCAAAGUCAAAGUUCACUGUCUGUAAACGAUACAGCAGCUGACGUGGAUAUUAGCAUAGAAUCUUCAGAGUUUGAAUCAUCUCCGAAACAAGCUGAACGAAAAACAUCUGAUACUCCAUGUGAACAAACUGAUCGCAUUUACGAACAUUUGAACAAUAUCGAUAUGACAAUGAUGCGAGAUACGAUACCAUUAAUGAAACGUCCAAAUUAUCGGCAUUUCUCAAUUUGUAUUCUCCCGCGAGACACACCCACCACUUUUGCAUAUCGAAAAUGUGCAUUUAAACAAGAAAUCCUUUAUCAUUAG